AUGGGCGCCGUGUCACAGCCCGUGGUCAUCGCGCGUACCCGAGGCAUCUCCCUCCUUGACUGGUCCUCUGCAGGCGGAGGUUGUGCGGACGAGGUCGGGCGACUCUUUGCCGGUGCUGGGCUCUCACCGAUCGCCUUCAGCAACUCCUCUUCGCAAUUCAGCGUUUCGUCUGAGACCAUGCUCCUUAGCCCUCACGGUGCUCUGCCGGAUCCGACGGUGCGGAUCGUCUCAGUGGCCUGCGGCAAGGACCAUCUCCUCAUCCUGGACAGCGCUGGCCGGCCCUGGGCCCUCGGCGAUCCCUGCGCGGCAGGAGUGGCCUGCUCCGAUCAGCUCAGCCACGAGGUGCACCGUGUCACAAUGCGCGGAGUUUUUCCGGACACCCAAUACGGAGUCUCCAGCGGCCCUGGCGUUUCAGACUUGAAAUUGCAGUCAUUUUUCGUGCCGUGGGGCAUUCCAGUCGGGUUGGGGCUACCGGGAAUUCGGCUGACUGCCAGCCGAGGUGCAUCUGACGAAGGAGGUAUGAAAACUGUGACCUGUCACAGGCAUCUUCCUGUUUGGUACCUCAGGAUGAUCGGGCGGCAACACCGGGCCGAAGAAACAUGGAAGACGAGAGUGGCAUGUGGAAACGGCCACUGCGCAGCGGCCGACCGCAGUGGUAACCUCUUUGCCUUUGGCCGUGCCCUUGCGCGCCCGGACCUGGAGGCCCUUGGCACAACGGCCUGGCGGCGCCCGCGCAAGGUGGCGAGCAUUUCCGACGCGGAGGACGUCGCAGCUGGAGACAGCCACGUUGCCGUCGUGUGCCGGCAUGGCGGUACAUAUCUUUGGGGCGAGAAUGUCCACGGCCAGUGUGCCCGGGAUCCGGUGGGCUCAGGCUUGCGAGGAUCCCGCCACCGGAGCGGCGAAGUGCCGCAUUUGGUGCCGAGCCCGGCACGCGCGGGAUUCGCCUUGGCCGCGUGCGACGCUCGCCGGGUGGCUUGUGGCAGGUACCACACGGCAGUGCUGAGCGCUUACGGCCGCUUGGUGACCUUCGGCGAUGGCCUCUCGGGUCAGCUGGGCCGGCCGGCGGCUCCGGGAGAAGGCUGGAAACCUGCAGAACUCGACUGGAGCGGCGCUGUCUCUGAGCGGGUGGUGCAGGUCGCGUGCGGAGACGACCACACAGUCUGCCUUACGGAGAUGGGCCAGGUGUUGGCGUUUGGCAGUGGCGAACAGGGCCAACUUUGCACCGGAGGUUGCCGCAACUAUCGGCUCCCGACACUGAUCCGGUCGCUCGCCGACGUGCGCGAGGUGGUCGCCGGAGCGAACUGGACUUUGCUCCGCUGUGCAGACGAGAAGGCCAUGCUUCCUACAUGCGUGAUACCUAUGUUGGUCACCGUCACGUGGCAGUCACGGCAGCUGUUGUCGUCACCGUGGUCGGUAGCAGGAGCAGGAGCAGUAGGAAUCUUAUCGUUACGCCCUUACGACUACACUAAUGGAAGAAGAAGAAGAAAAAGGCCCGUAACCGGCAGUUCAUCACGAGUCUUCAUAUCCGCAAGAGCGCAAACUGCAGGAUGGCCGCAAGGGCAGGUAAAGUGCGAGCUGUGA